AUGGACUCGACUCCUCAUUAUCUACUUGUGUCGUUGCCACAGUCGGCAAAUUCACGUACCACAUUGAAUCUGCAGCCUGGUGGCGGCUCUCAGGUGCUUUCUGAAUUCAAGUUACCUGACUUUCAGAUUAGGACGUUGGACCUGUUGGUGCAGAUCUCUGAAGAAUUGGCAAAGAUUGACAGCACUUUGGGCGCAUCUGUGGCGAAGGUGGUUGAUGUUAUUGCCAACGUGGAGCCAAACAGACUGUUUGCCGAGACCAGACAGGUGAACAAGAGACCAGCUACCAACUAUGUCGAGAACUUCUCCUGGAAUACGUCAAAGUACAGAUUGGAUAAGCCUAUCAAGGAGCUUGUGGAUCUUAUUUCCCAGGAAGCUUUGCUGUUGGAUAAUGAUGUCAGACUGUCGUAUCAACAGUAUCAAACUGCCAAGUCUAAUUUUGCUGCUGCUGACAGAAAACGUAAUGGUGACUUAUCCAUUCGUUCGUUACACGAUAUUGUGAAGCCUGAGCAAUUUGUUUUAGACUCAGAAUAUUUGACCACUGUCGUCAUUGCCGUUCCAAAAGCUUCUGUCGGUGAUUUCAAGAAGACUUACGAGAAAUUGACCGACUUUGUCAUUCCAAGAAGCGCCCAGAACAUUGCUCAAGACUCUGAAUACACCUUGUUCACUGUAACAUUAUUCAAAAAGUACCAGAAUGAGUUUAUUACCGCUGCUAGAGAACAGAAAUGGCACCCAAGAACCGAUUUCGUCUACUCUGAGGAGAACUUGAACGAGUUGAGAAAAGAGUUUGACUUGACCAGAGCCACCGAAGCAAAGACCAAGAAUGAUGUGAUUAGAUUGGCCAAGACGGCGUACUCGGAGAUUUUCUCCUCGUGGUUCCACAUCAAAGCCAUCCGCAUAUACGUUGAAAGUGUGUUGAGGUACGGGUUGCCUCCUCAGUUCGACUCUUUUUCCAUCAGGUUCGUGAGCGGCAGCCCAGAGCAACAGUUGCAGAAGGCCAAGAAGGAGUUGAUCAACAAGUUUGGCUACUUGGGAGGCGACGGCUUCUCUGAAUCGAACAAUUUGCAUGAGUAUGCUUCAUUGGUGGACUCUGAAUACGAGCCAUUUGUCUUGUAUUCGGUCGAGAUUGUAUAG